UGGCUGAAUGUAGCGCGCGCGUUGUCAGAAAUCGGAGCUUCGGGGAGUGCGAUCGUGAGCAUUAUUUUCCUCACGCCGCCGCUGGCUCCCAUCUUGGGUUGGCGCCGCACUGACGCACUUGCUUCACGGGGCUAACACGCGGUAACCAUUGACGCCCUGUGUGCUUCGACGCUGCCGCCGCCGCCAGGGCCGACAGCCGAGGAGGCCAAGACCAUGUCUGGCGAUCACCGGACUGUCAUCAACGGGAGUCCGAGCCAGUACGUGAAGCUCAACGUAGGCGGGUCCCUCCAUUACACCACCAUCGGCACUCUCACCAAACAUGACAGCAUGCUCAGGGCCAUGUUCAGUGGCCGAAUGGAGGUCCUCACCGACUCCGAAGGUUGGAUACUCAUAGACAGAUGUGGGAAACACUUCGGCACCAUCCUGAAUUUUCUGAGGGACGGCUCUGUGCCACUUCCCGAGUCGACGAGGGAGAUUGCGGAGCUAUUGGCCGAAGCCAAAUACUACCUCAUCCAGGCGCUCGUGGAAAGUUGCGAAGCUGCGCUGCAGAAGAAAGAGAGCCCUCAAGAGCCAAUUUGCAGAGUUCCACUUAUCACGAACGAGAAGGAAGGGAACCUUCUAAUAAGCACUUCGACUAAGCCUCUGGUCAAGCUGCUUAUCAACAGACAUAACAACAAAUAUUCCUACACAAGCACUUCUGACGACAAUCUCCUCAAGAAUGUAGAAAUGUUCGACAGGCUGUCACUGCGGUUCUGCAGCCGCGUCCUGUUCAUAAAGGACGUGAUAGGCAGCAAUGAAAUCUGCUGCUGGACAUUCUAUGGCCACGGUAAAAAGGUCGCCGAGGUCUGCUGCACUUCCAUUGUCUACGCAACUGACAAGAAGCACACCAAAGUCGAGUUCCCCGAAGCUCGCAUCUAUGAGGAGACCCUCAACAUCCUCCUCUACGAAAACCGCAACGGCCCGGACCCUGAACUGAUGCAGGCGACGAGCACGCGAGGCGCUGUCGCUCGUGCCACCACCUGCUACACGAGCGACGACGAGGACGAACGGCGCGCGCCGGUCGGCUCGUGCAGCGGCUGCGCCAGUGCACGCGACUCCCGAGAGUCAUGCCACCUGGGCCGUAUACGAAGCACCAAGCAGAGCAGCUGAGGUAGCCUCUAUGUCGCUGCCUUACUCCUUCGCGGAAUCUCGCCGGCGGGGGCAAGGUACCGGCAGCUGUCAUUCGGUCGCUGCAAGCCGAGCCUGGCUUCUUUCUGCUGUCCCUACAUGGACCUCGCUUAGCGCGGAGAGAGGUGUGAUGCGCCGUACGACGCUUGUUUUGUGGGUGACUGCCCGACCUCGUAAGCCAGUAUGAAUGGAGCACAGGGGACUGUAGUAUUGAGCGUGUCCGUACAGCACGAUUAAGAGUGCAUAUUAGUGCAAACACCGAGAGAGGACAGAAGAGAGGGCACUGUGUGCUCUCUUCUGUCCCCGCUUGUCGUUUGCACUGAUAUGCACUGUUAAGCACAGGGGGACCCUGUAUCCUUCUCCACUCAAUCUUGUGCUCCGUUUUGUCGGGCCUUCGAAGUUACGCGGUUAGUGCGGUUGGCUCUCGUUUUUACGGAGCGAGGUCUGACCUCCCGAGAGUAGUUUUGUGGUCACUUUUAGUGAAGGGUGCAAGUGGAUCGUAUUUCUUGUGCCAUGCCAUGUGAAGCACGCGCUGAGAGGAAGCUGCAUUGUGUGCCUGGUGCACUUGUUUGGGUUUUGCUCUUGUUGGAAUUGUGCGUGAUGUUACUAAGCAAGUAUACACGUAAAAUGGACCGCAUGAGUCUCGAGGUUUUUUGAGCCACACUUCUCCCCAUGGCUCGUCAGUUCAGCUACCACCAAAGCCAGGUUGUUCGAGCAGAACAUUGUGCUAUACCUUGAGCUGGGGGUGUCCACCUGCCGAAUUUCCAUGAAUUUCAUUACAAAAUUGCUACAUUACCGCAACACUGAAUCUCGGUUUUACUGAAAAAGCUCAGCUCCGCUGAGCUGGCAUGACUUGCUCUUCGUUCUUCCUAUCACCACGGUCUCUUGAAGUUGUUGAGUGGCGUGUUUCUUUUUUUACUUUUUUUCCUUAGUUGCCAGGAUCUCUUUGCAACAAGUGGGCGAAAGAUGAGUGAAUUUAGUAAGUGUUGCUAGGUGGUGUGUACCAACAUGAAACCGAAUUUCUUGCUGCACAUAUCUGUGCUCAAGAACCGGAGGGCAGACGUGUCACUUACAGCAAGAGCCGCUGUUGAAGGGAAUGCGCGAGGCUCGCACUCUCGAGGUUUCAGCAGAAGCAUUGUCAAUGCAAUGCGCAGGACCUUGAAGGCGAACCAUCGGCAUACAUUGAAUUGUUCCCAGCAAAACUGGGCAUUUCCAGACUUAUCAAGAAAGAAUUUUGCCUAUGUCCCCAAACUACCGUGUUCCCUUUAGCAACGGACUGCGCUGCAAGUGUUUGGUGAUUCACUGAGUGAGCACUUUCGAUGGUUUACUGAAGCUGUUAACGCGAUCAAAGGCGUGUUUAGGUGUGUGUGUGACCCUACCUGCAGGUGCUCAGAAUGUACUUGCUGCAGAUGCUCAGCAUCUACUAGCUGGUCUGAAACUUCUGAUGUAUGGCAGCAAAGUUAUUGCUCCCAGAAGGGACCCCGUGUGUGAGUUUCACCAAGUCGCAUCAGCAUGUUAGGUAUGUUGAAAAGAAUAGCUGAAUCUUUUUUUUCAUGAUGUUGUUUCCAUUUCAACCACUUUCUCAAUAUUGUACAAAAGGGUCACGCUCCCAUCAUAACAUGCAGCUUACACUUGAGGCUAGAGUGCAUUUUCUUUCCAGUCUAGUAUUUAUUUCUCACUACACAAAUGCAUCAUACCCAAUCAACGAAUGCUCCUGAUAAACCCUGCUUAAAGAAAUUUGACACUUUAUUACAUAGACUCGACACUGUGGCAUUGUUGAGCUGUUGCACUGCCUGUUGUAAUGUGGUUGUUAAAGGGCCCCAAAACAAGCUCUGAAAAUAUAAAGAACUAGCGUGUUGUUCUCUCUUGGUUUUUCCCAUCUUUUCAUGGUGCAUUGCUGUGCCAUCAAUGUGAUCCUCGUGAUAUCACUGUACAAGUUCUGAAUUGGUCCGCAUACAAGAGAUAUCAGUUGUGAUUCGUCUGCUACCAUACUUUGCCAUACAGUUGCACGACUAUUAUUGUCUUGCACUGUCAUGUGCACCCAAUUGAUUUCAUCUCAUCUAGUGGGUUUUGUACUGCGUAAACGAAGGUAACAGCAUGUAGCCGAAAAGCUGGAAGUCUCGAUAGGCACAGCACUCAGUACAGGCAUCGACCACAUGUCUUCUGAAAAAAUAAGUGACGAAAAGGAGAGAGCACAUGUAGGAAGGGAAGUGAAAAUGAGAAAGAGGCCACUUUCUCACCUUUCAAGUCUUGUUUUAGGGGCCCUUUAAAGCACAAAUGCUAAAAAUUUCAGUGGAUGUGUCGUUGGGGUUUUGCAGCAAGCUUGUGCUCCUAAGAUAUUUUCAUUGGAAAUACAAUGCUGCUUGAGCGGUAUCUUGCUCCUUACUUUUCAAAAGCUGACGAAGUGGCAGUAAAAAUGCUGUGGCCAUCUUACCUCAGAGUACUCCAAUUGUGCUCGCUAGGCUGGUGUGUAAGGCCACUUGAAUUGUGCUUCAGUCGGAUAAAAUUUUGGGUGUUUUUUAAACUCUUUUGAGGGAAAGGUCCCAUUAUGAUGUGUUGCAUGGCCACCCAAUGCUAACGAAAGAGUGAUCUGUGGGCUUUCCAGCAGAAAUUGAGCUGCUGUGAGCACUUUCAUUUUAACGAGACAUUUUUUUUUUUCUCCGGUAAAUGGAUGACCCCAUACAACUGUUGUGGCUUGCGUGAUUGCAGAACUUAUUUUUUAUAGGAGGUGCUUGCAUUGCAUCCAUGAUUCCAUUCAUUUAUACAUGCUCUCUUACAAUUGUCAAGUGUGGCAGCUCAGUUCUUAAGUCUUUAAAUGAAGGAACAGUUUUGAACGUGCAGAACUCGUUCAUUAUUCUGCAGUAUCUGGCAGCAUUAUUAACGUUAAGGUAUGCUUUCUUUAGUACUACUUCAAGUGAAGAUUUCUCACACGACCAUUCACUUAUCUGGUACAGUUUGAACACCUGUUCAAGAGUUUCAGCACGUGCCACCACUUUCUUAACGUUCUUAAAGCAAGUUCAUGGCACUAGCUCUACGCGCACUAUUGCUGUGUACUCUUGUUUGAAAUGUGUAAUAGAAGUUUUGUGGUGUGGUCUGGAGCUUGCGUCUCACUGUGGCAUUUAUGUCGCGUGUAUUAAUGUAACAGAGCGAUCAACAAUGCUAUUGUUUGGCGUGGGAUGAAAAUGUAAUGCUCACAUUUGCUUGUUGAAGUGCGGUUCUGCCUGUAAUUUGCUGUAUUAGUUAAAACUGUGUGGUUAUUUGUCUCCUCCCACCCUGCUGUACAAAUAUGGUCAGCGUGGACAGUGUUUCAGUAUAGUGAAAAUGUUGACUCCGAGAUGUGCCAUAUGGCAGUGCUGUACGUUUAGACGAACCGACUCUCCACCUCCCUGGAUUAAAGAAAAGAUGGAGGUGCGAGUGGUCGUUUCACGAAGCGGUUGAUCCUCCUACGCAUCGGUUUUUGUCCUUAUGCAAGUGCAUAGGCUUGGAUAAACAUGCGAUAUCCAGAACAGAAGUUGUCGCGCCCAGCAAGUCUUUGUCAGAGUAGGUCAGACUGACACAUACCUGCUAACCUUACAGCACUAAAAUUUCAGAAGAAUCGUGUAUGGAAAAAAAUUGGAUGACACACAUUCAAAAUCUUGACCUUUAGCUAACACUUUUCUGGUGUAUGUACAAACUUUAUCAAUUAUGAUCUGACCUUAGAUUUAGCACACAAGCAGUGGCAAACUUGGAACAGCACACACUUUUCAGAGACAUUGCUGUUGCCAACAUCAACUGCUUCAGAAACAAUUAGUAAUCUUGCUUAAAGCAAGUACUCACUCUGGUAUGUGACAUCUUGUCACUCCACCUUUGAGCACUCAUGAAGAAACUCGCGAAAAGGAGUUUGGUUGUUUAAAAACACGAUGAAAUGUGUGGAAUCUUCGAAUGGAGCUCAAGUUUGAAGCUCACAAAAAGAUUUGUGAAUGUUGGCAGGUAUACUGACCUACUUCUACAAACUCUUGUGGGACGCCACGAAGUUUUGGAGUUCGCUCACAGUAUUUUUCUCGUGCAUCAUGUGACGCCGUAUCGUAAAACCAUUUCUUCGUAUGGUGUCUCAAGCAUAACUGUUACUAUGCUGAUGGCUGUAAGGAGCAUCUAGUCCUAUCAAUGUAUGGCUAUUUGUCAACUAUCUGACAAAAAAAAAUUGUAUAUGAAUGUGGAUUCUGUAAGGGCUUGCAGUGCCACCGUGGUAUGUCGUUACCGGCAGUUUAAAGCGGGAAUGUUUCCUGCCAAACGUAGCUGUGUGGGUGUCACUGUAUCAUCUGGAUGUUGUAAGUUCACAUGUAUACUCUAUGUUGUGAUGAAGCUGACACUCUCAGUAUUCACAGCAAGGAACAGAAGAGAAGCAUGCAUCCUUGAGUUGGAAGUUCUCUUGCAACUGCCAAUAACUGCUCUUAACCACCGCGACUCGUCUUCGAAUAUUUGGUGCUGUUGAACUGGCCCUAAAGCUGUCUUUUUCUUUUCAAACGACUUCAUUUUGACCCACUGGUAAAUGUUUUAACGGUUUUUCUUGACUUUGAUGCAGAAAGCAGGAGGUACGACAGUGUAAAGAAAACCUCACUCAGUGUCAAAGUUUCAAAUGGCUGUUGUAUGGCAGCCGCCAAGUUCAAUACCCAUCUGUUUGUAUCAGCUCUAAAACUGCAUUUACUCCGUUGUCAUUUUUUUUUCGUUCUUACUUUUCCAUUCCUCUGGACAGCAGCAUCCAGAAACCAAAGGCGCGGAGACUGCCUUUAAAGGCCUUCCCGAUGCAUUGAUUGCUCACACCAAGUUUUUCUGUCGCUCGCAACUUGAGUGUUUGGUGUUGCGUGCACCUGUACAUUUCACCUGCCAUGUAUAUCGCGCAUGUUCAGAGUUUAGCUCGGUAAAAUAAAAACCUCGUGGUGUUGA